CCCUAUCAUUUUUCCCCCAAACCUUUCCUCUUCCCCCAUUUUCUCCAAUUCGCACGCUCCCCUUCUUGGCCAUGAUUGCGCGAACGAUCCCUUCAGACGGCCGGUCAUCGAACGAUCUCACACCACGAAUGAUCUUCCUUACUUGUUUUUACUCCCUAAAUGGCAUCCUCCACGAGCCUUUCUAGGUCCCAAAGACCUUCUACCAUCUUUCCAUUCUGCUCACGGAAGUCUCUGGGGUUGUCGUCGGCCUCCAGGCCGAACGGACGACCUACAACUCCUUCUUCAACAGCGUCUUCGAGACCUCCGUCGAAGGUUUCGGUUUCUCCGAUGACAACUGCUAGUUGUAACUUGAGCCCUUCCACUCCUCAACUUGACCGUUUUGAUGUCAUGAAGGCUAAAGAAAAUGUGACGGUCACGGUUAGGUUUAGACUUUUGAGUGUUAGAGAGCUUAAUAAAGGAGACGAGAUAGCUUGGUAUGCGGACAGAGAAUAUACAGUGAGGAACGAAUUCAACUCAUCCAUUGCUUAUGGAUUUGACUACAUUUUAGGACGCCUGCUGAAGCAAUAAGUAUUGAAGAAUACUUGCAAUAGAUUUCAAGGAGUUGAUGAUAACAAUCGUGAGACUUUGAGUUUGGAGUUAUCUAAGAGUGUGGGGCUUGGAGGAGGGUGAUGUCUUUGUUUCUUAUUAUUACAUAUACUUUGUGUUUUAUGAUUAAGAAUGAUGAUCAUAACUUGUUUUGUAAUAUGAAUAAGAACGAUGUUCAUAAGUUGUAAGUAUGUAAUGACCAACUAUAUGCAUAUUCAAGGAUAUAUAUGCAAUUUGUUAGUUCUUUUGAUUGAAA